AUGCGCCGAUCUGCCCCACCGACCAACGAUGAAUUGGAAUUGACUCCCAAUCUGGGUACUGCCUCCGAUAACUUAGCCGACGAAGAAGUCAGUUUGGCUUUCCCGGAGGGCGGUCUAGAGGCAUGGAAAUGCCUAUUGGGAACUUCCUUAAUGAUGCUCCCUUCAUUCGGGUUUCAAACAGCAGUUGGAUCGGUCCAAGACUAUAUUAACACCCACCAACUCGCCGACUAUAGUAUUCGUGACGUGGGUUGGAUUACUGCUGUACUGGUCUUCUUGACUCUAUUUUUGGGAGUCCGAGUAGGGCCUCUCUUUGAUCGAUAUGGGUCUCGGGUUCUACUGAUCUGCGGGUCACUUGCCAGCUUUACGUCGUAUUUGCUCCUUGCGCAGUGCUCGAAGUACUGGCACUUUAUGCUUUGCCUCGGUUUCCUCUGUGGAAUUUCUUCUGCGGUCAUUACCACAGUCUCAAUCGCAGUUCUUAGCCACUGGUUUUACCGACGACGUGCUCUUGCAUCCGGAAUCUGCAUGGCAGGAUCGUCAGCGGGCGGUGCUAUCAUCCCAUUGAUACUGCGAACCCUCUUUCCUCGAUAUGGUUGGGCAUGGUCAAUCAGAAUCAUCGCUUUCAUCGCCUUCGGCUGUUAUUUAGCAGGAACCAUGUUGGUGAAGCCCCGAUUGCCUAUUGGCAGACAGCGCAGAGUAGCCAUUGAUUUUCGGGCAUUUAAAUCACCGCGCCUCUGUUUCCUUGCUGUGGCGGUUUUCUCAUUUGAGUUUAUCAUAUUUGGAUGUGCCGCCCUUCUCCCAACUUAUGUCCGCUAUAGUGGACUUUCAUUAGACACACAGUACUACUCACUCACGGUGCUGAACAGUAUGAGUCUCAUUGGGAGGGUUAUCCCAGGCUUUGCAGCUGAUCGAGUUGGCCGAUUCAACAUUCUCUUGUCGUUGGUGUUGAUAACGCUGAUAGUAAUGGCAGCCGUUUGGCUACCGUUUGGAUCCCGUAACGAGGGCACGCUUUAUGCCGUAGUGGCGAUCUUUGGAUUUGGUUCUGGUGGAUGGCUGUCGCUUGCGCCUGUAUGUGCAGGCCAGCUCUGUGGCACCGAAGAAUAUGGACGAUACUACGGCACAAUCUACGGUGUUGCUGCGUUCGGUGUUUUGAUUACUGUGCCGGUUGGAGGAGAGUUGCUUGAGUCGAGCACGCCGCAGGUACUCGUUGGGUUUUAUUCUGCGGUUCUUGUAGUAGGGCUUUUCAGUGUAGCCAUGUCUCGCUGGGCUCUUUUGGAUUGGCGCUGGAAAUGGAAGGUAAAGGUGUAG